AUGAGCACCAGGGAUCUGACCUUCCAGGGCGUCGUCCUUCUCAUCUUCAUUUCGCUAAUCAACACGGCGGCAUGGCUUGGGUGUAUGCUAGCGAGAGCUGUAUUCUUGACGGUAAUUGUGAACAUUGGCCUCUACCAAAAACAAAGCGUUUCCUCCUUGCUGACAACAGUUGACCCCGAAUUGGUUUAUUUCCUCUGGAGCGUUGGCAUGUAUAUCUUCUGGCAAAGGAACGUGCGACCAGGAAAGCUGUUUUGUGUGAAGGACAUAGAUGCAUCAAAGUCUACAAUCCAGUUGUAUGAUACAUCUUUGUUUGGACAGUCUUGGUUCGUUUUGCCCUCCAUAGCCAAAUGCCAGGGAAUCCUCAGUCUUCUGAUUAUCCUUUUGGCGGCCCGGCGGCUCGUUCAAAGCAUUAUGAUCUUCUACUUCGAGUUGGGUUUCAUGGCCAGCAUGAACGGCCAAGUCGUCAAGUACCUCACCAAAUAUGCAGCGCUGAGAAAACUCAACACCAAGUGGGCUGCCUAUCACCUGUGUAAGGACACACUAUCUCAAGGUUCAUGCGAUGGCACGAGCCAAGAAGACGAAGACAGAAUGGAUGGAGGGGGGGGUCUCCGAUGCACAGAGUUGAGGAGGGGAAGGAGCAUGAUUUCUGUCACUUCCAGGACUUCACGUUUUUCACGGCAUCCAUCUUUAAGAGUGCCCACCAGAGCCCUUCCGUCUCUUGUCCUCGACAAGCCGUAA